CCCACGACUUUGCAUACUGAUAGCCUUCGUUUAAUCUUUUUCCCUCGAUCCAGAAUUGCUGCGACGCCGGCGGUUGACCGGAAAAGCAGCAACAAGAAUUCGAACGGCGGAGAGGUUCUUGCUUGUUCUGGUUUGUGAACGACUUCCGAUCAUUUGUGCUUCGCUUAAAGCAAGAACUUAACGCCCUUCUGUAAUUACUAGAAAUCAGCUGAAAGUCAAAGACAUGGCUGGUGGAAAGGGAGACAAGCCUGAUAAUGCCAAGAAAUCUGCUGCUGUUGCCAAAUCUAGUAAGGGAAGGAAAAAGGAGACAGGUCUGGGUCUUACAAAUACUAAAGACGGCAACUUUGGGGAAUGGUAUUCUGAGGUUGUUACAAAUGGUGAAAUGAUAGAAUAUUAUGAAAUAUCUGGCUGUUACAUUCUCCGGCCAUGGACAAUGUCCAUUUGGGAGAUAAUGCAAACCUUCUUUGAUGCAGAAAUUAAGAAGAUGAAGAUUAAAACUUGCUAUUUUCCGCUUUUUGUAUCCAAUAACGUGUUACAAAAGGAGAAGGAUCACAUAGAGGGGUUUGCUCCUGAGGUUGCUUGGGUCACGAGAUCAGGUGACUCUGAUUUGGAAGUCCCUAUUGCCAUUCGCCCAACUAGUGAAACUGUCAUGUAUCCCUAUUUUUCUAAGUGGAUCAGGGGACACCGUGACUUGCCUUUAAAACUUAAUCAAUGGUGCAAUGUUGUUCGAUGGGAGUUCAGUAAUCCCACUCCAUUUAUCAGGAGCCGUGAGUUUCUUUGGCAAGAAGGACACACUGCCUUUGCAACGAAGGAGGAGGCAGACACUGAGGUUCUCGAAGUCCUUGAACUGUAUAGGCGUCUAUAUGAGGAGUACUUGGCUGUACCUGUUGUGAAAGGGAAAAAAAGUGAGAUGGAGAAGUUUGCCGGUGGACUUUAUACUACUAGUGUUGAGGCCUUUAUUCCGAAUACUGGCCGUGGUGUUCAAGGUGCAACUUCACAUUGCUUGGGCCAAAAUUUUGCUAAGAUGUUUGAGAUUAACUUUGAAGAUGAGAAGGGAGAAAAGGCUAUGGUCUGGCAAAAUUCCUGGGCAUACAGUACUAGAACGAUUGGGGUGAUGGUGAUGACUCAUGGGGAUGAUAGAGGCCUGGUCUUACCCCCUAAAGUUGCAGCAAUACAAGUUAUUGUGAUUCAUGUGCCUUACAAAGAUGCAGAUAUUAAGGAAAUAUUAAAUGCAUGUUCAGCCACCGUAAAAGCUUUAUGUGAUUCAGGUAUUCGUGCAGAAGCGGACCUUAGGGAGAAUUAUUCACCUGGUUGGAAGUAUUCUCAUUGGGAAAUGAAAGGUGUUCCCUUGAGGAUUGAGAUAGGACCAAAAGACCUGGCCAAUAACCAGGUGCGUGCUGUUCGUCGUGACAAUGCAGCAAAAAUUGAUAUUCCUAUGGACGGUUUGGUUGAUAAAGUAAAGGGUAUGCUGGAUGAUAUUCAGCAAAGCAUGUUUGAUGUUGCUAAGCAAAAACGAGAUGCCUGUGUUCAAGUUGCAAAAACUUGGGAUGAAUUCAUUGAAGCAUUAAGCCAAAAGAAAUUGAUCUUGGCUCCAUGGUGCGAUGAAGAGGAAGUUGAGAAGGAUGUGAAAACAAAGACAAAAGGGGAGACAGGAGCUGCUAAGACGCUUUGUUCUCCAUUUGACCAGCCUGAACUGCCCGAAGGCACAUUGUGCUUUGCAUCGGGGAAACCUGCAAAGAAAUGGACUUACUGGGGACGAAGUUAUUGACAUCAUGUACGGUUUGAUUUACUAUAUCCAACCAUUAAAGAGUUAUUUCCGAGUUUAUCCAUUUGCUACAAUCGAGGAGUUGUGUCUGAAAGUUGAAACAAUUGGUCAUAGAGUAAUCGAGGAGUUGUGUCUGAAAGUUGAAACAAUUGGUCAUAGAGUAAUCGAGGAGUUGUGUCUGAAAGUUGAAACAAUUGGUCAUAGAGUUAGAUAUUUUUACAUUGUAAGUGGAAAAAAAUAUGUUUGGAGCUGAUUGCCUAUAUUAUCCAAGGAGAACCAAGUCUUUUCAACUGUGUUUUAUAUUCAGUUACUUUUUAUUUAUUUAUGUACAUGGGUCUUCAGAUGAUAAUGUAUUUGUCAUAGAGCUGUUCCUAUCCACAUUGACCAAAUGAUGUUGAUGU